GUGCUCGUGCGCAUUUAGGUUGAUCCGCUUCCGAGUGUGUAUACUGCUGUAACAGGGAAGCCAAACUUUGUUCACGUACAGGCAUCAUCAUCGGCCUAUCUCGCACUUCGAUUGCCUCGUUUUCUUUUUAUAUGAGAAGGGGCAAACGAGCGACGGGAACACAAAGGUUCGUUUAACUAGUACUUACGGUAUCUAAUCGCUCAACGACGCGAUGUGGAGCCGUUUGGCGGUUUAACUAUUAUUCAAGUUUUGUUAUUUUUUGUUGUUGUUAUGUUUUGUAAAGCCUUCAUUCGAGGCAAAUUCGCACUCGCCAGGAAUCCUUAUCUGGCGAGUGCGAAUUGCGAGUCGCGGCGACCGGCUAGCUGUGCUAAACGCUUGCUCAUCGCGAGACGGACGCAAUGUUUGUACGUCGCCAAAUAGUAUGCGCGGAAACGUUAUCACGCCGCCGCCGUCGUAUGAAUUACAGCUUAAUGAUGUUUGUCGACGACGCGUCGCCGCCGCUGAGGCGCUCGGCGGCGCUCGGCGGCCAGCGCAGUCGCAGCGCGCGGCGCCUCACAACAUGGUGCUCGAGCGAGAGCCCGUUGCCCUCACUGCAACAAGAAUUGAUUCUCGAGAUUCAAAAGGGGGUUUCUACGAAGAUUCCGAGGUAGAAGAGGAGGGUGUGUGCGCGGUGUGUCCGGGGGGCGCGCGGUGCGCGGGGCGGUCGCGCGAUGCGCCUGUUGUUCACGCACCACCCGCAGCACUCCUCACGCCGCACGCCGCCACCCGCCUUUGCGUCACAACCAUCUACUGA